AUGGCGACGACCGGCAGUGAAAUGUGGCUACAGUGGUUCGCUUGUUGCUACCAGCCGGCUGCGCAGGCGCAGCGCACGCGACGACGAAUAGACAGGUCCAUGAUCGGAGAACCGACGAACUUUCAACAUACAGGACAUAUAGGGUCGUCGGAGGUGGAGAUGCCUUCGUCACUUCUUCACUCCAUACAGAAUCAGAUGCAAAGCAAGGGCGGAUAUGAAAUGGCUUACGGAGUUAAGGUGUAUUAA